UGUUUUACAAUGUUAUAACAUUCCAGUGGGUUUCUCUGAAUGUAGAAGGGCACAUGUAAUGGGUUCUUUAAUUUUGUUUUUGGGUUUAGCAUGACUCCUCUCUUCUUGAUGUCUGUACUCUUUGGCCUUACAUUUGGGCAGACGAUGUCUUUCUGCGUUCCAACUGAAUAUACUAUGUAUAUAGAAAAGAGCGAGUGUUCAUACUGCCUGGCUGUCAACACGACCAUCUGCGCUGGAUACUGUAUAACACGGGACCCCAACGGCAAAAUAUUUCUUCCCAAGUAUGCUCUCUCCCAGCGUGUGUGUACAUAUGAUGAUCUCAUUUACAAGACAGUGGAGAUUCCGGGAUGCCCACAGGAUGUAGCCGCUUAUUAUUCGUAUCCUAUGGCUUUGAGCUGCAAGUGCGGCAAAUGUAAUACUGACCACAGUGACUGUGUACAAGAGGCUAACCAGGCAAACUAUUGUAGCAAAUUACAGUAGCCCCUCCACUGUGGGAUUUUUCUGACUGAAUGAAACAGAAAUGGAAUUCACAACCCAUGUUUAAAUAGUCAGUUCAUUCCAUUUUGCAUUCCUAGAGUAUAAAGUGAAUAAAAUUACAGUAGAUUUCA